AUGCAAACUGUCAGUUCAAUUCCACAAAAAGUUACGAUCAACGCUAUCUACAUUUAUUUACAGUCUAUUAUUUUAUUUUGUAUGGAUAAUGCACGAUCAGACAUAGCGAUCAGAAUCAUUCAACGAAUGGCGCAUAAACGUGAUGAUUUCGCUCAGUUUUAUGUAAAUUUGAGCAACGAACAAUCAGUUGAAUUAGUUACAGGCUUGAAAAAAUUUCUUAGUGACAUUGUAAGAAAUAUUGCAAACUCUGAAAAGAUCAAAGAGAUAUCGAAUAAAUACGGUACUGAACAAGCUCACAAGCGUAGCUGGGGUUUUAAAGCUGACUUUUUUGCUGCGUUAGCUGACGCACUGACUACAGAAUGCGUCUUUCUGGAUGGUGCUGCUCAUCAGCCCACAGAUACAAUUGAAGCUUGGGCAACAUUAGUUGAAUUAAUGUUUACGCAUGUGAGAGAUGGUUAUUAUCAGAAGGUGAGUGUGAUAUCUCACUUUACUAACAAACUCAGUAGAGAAAUGAAGUUGAGGACAAUUUUGAAAUCCAAUUAA